CAGUGAACUGAAGCGAUCACUUGCAAACCUGUGUAGAAUUUUUCGUUAGUUUUUCUUUAUUAGCGCUGUCAUAAUGCCACGUAAAGCUCUCACUUGCACUGUAGAGUUAGAUGUUUACCAGGUGAGAGAUCGAACAAUGGAUUGUUCAUUCAACACACGGAAUGUUCCGAGCGUAUUCACGUGCCCCUUGCAAAUGAAAUUUACUUAGUUCAUUGUGUCUUUAAUUCUCAAGUUCAUAUUGUCUUUUUUCCUCAGAUUACCUGUCCGGGAACACGACACUUGAACGACAGAAAUAUGCUUUACCUGUCGGUGUGCAUUUUAGGGCAGACCAAGCGAACUAAAUCAGUGUUUGCAAGUUUUCCUCUUGCACUGAACGAGAGAAUGUACUUCGAGAGGGUGAGUGUUCAUGUUGAAGGAUCUGAUGAAAAGCUUCGACCCAGAUGUUGUUGUCACUGAGAAUAAAUAAUUAAUUAGCGUGGUGACAACAUUGAUUAAUUCGAACUAUAUACCUUGUUUUGAAGAUGACAAGGUUUUUUUCUCCUGUUUUUGCAGACUUUUGUGAAUGCACGAGAACCUACACAUGUCAUGGGAAUAUUAGAAGGCAAGAUACCUACAGCUUUAAAAUUUCUUAGCUCUCUAUGUGCAAAAAAUAUAUAUUAUAUGUUUUUCCUUUUUUGUAAAUUAUAGAUGAGCAUGUGUUGUUUGAACUGGUACAAUACUCUGAUGUCUACAGAGGUAAGUCAAAUAUUUUUGGUAGAGCUUGCACAACCCCAUAUAUUACUUGGGUACAUGCAGUGAACCUAUAGAUGUGGAUAGUAAACUUGUUUGACUUUUAGGCUCUAAUCACACAAUACCAGAUAGCUUUUAAGGGCUGUCAACCCCCCACGUCGUCAAAUAUUGAGAAUUGAUAGGGAGGGGAUGAUAGAUGACGUCAUAUCACAUGGCAACAUGACAUCAUUUGAGUGUGGAAUUUUUGCGCUCGUUUUUCAGACGUCAUUUGGCGGGGAAACCAGUGGUAGCGUCACCAAAUGUCGGCUGUUUUCUCAGGCUACUAUAGUGUGUACAUAGCCUGAGAUGGAAAGUCUACACAUGUCUGUGCUGUGCUGAAAUUUUUACCGCACUAGAACAGCACACCCAGUAACAUUAUGUGUCUGGAUCUUAUUGGGUUAAACAGCCUGAUUUAAAACAGUCAGACUUCAGCUGUUAUUGGAUAUCUUAUCAUUAUCAGUCCUUAUUUAGCGUAUGUGUCACAAACAGUGUGGUCCUGUUAGAGUUAAAUUCCUACAAACAACAUGACCUUGAAAUAGUGACAUAAAACUUGAUGAAAUGGCAACAAAUGACGUAAAGAUGGGUUGAGUACUGAUAGAGCCGUGUCCUUGUUCAAAAUGCCAAAACAACCAUAUUUGAAAUUCAGACUAGGGACAUACAUCCCCCUCAUAAGAGGGCCUCUAGAGUGGGCUCGUUACUAAAGAUCUUGCUACAGCUCUACUAGUAGACUUGGUCUACACAUGAACAGUUCAUGUGCUUGAAAAUUUUCCCUUUGUCCUUUUUGAAUUAAUGAAUGUAUCUUAGCAUGAAUACGACCAGUCAUGCCAUGCCAGGAGAGAAUGCUCCCUAGUUUUAGAUCACUUCACCACUAUACCAGAUGGUGAUCCAUUCCCCAGUUUUCCUGUGAAAACAAAGAAGUCUGUACUUUGAUGCACCGAAAAUUUUUAAUGGGGAUUCAGUCAGUGCUUACCAUAAUUUACAAAAACCAGGUGGGUAGAAAUCUUGUGCAUAAACAUGAAAAAAUUAAAAUUUGAUGUGAAGGGAGAACUGACCCGCUGCAAAGCAUGUCCAAAUCAGCUGAGCAGAUUUUCCAGUCAGAAUUUCUGAUGUAAGUGAUAAGUGCUUGGUGUAUUACUGGCAAUUAGACACUUACAUUCUACAAUAUUUUACAUGUUGUUCUUUUGAUUUUCUUCUGAAAGGAGGAAAAGUGCUGGCUCGUUAUGAAAUAUCAGCUAGAGAAUUUCUCUACCCAACACCCACUCUAACUGGUAAAGAUGGUGUUGAAAGGGAACUACUGUUGAGCAGAACAGUGCAUUUUACUGUAAGUUGAAAUUUAUCACAGUUGUGUUAUUAUUUCAGCAGAUUAAAAACAGGAGACAUGAUGGUUUUCCCACACAUAUAAUUCUUACAUAAUUAUUAAUUAAAAGCUACUAUGUGCCAAUAAGAAGGCUGGCUAAGUUUUAAGAUGCUUGGUCCUUAGUAAGGUUUAUAAGGUCUAGUAGGGAAAAACUUAUUGUGUUAAAAACACGAUUGGCAGCUAGAAGAAUUUUAUAGUUUAUUGGGUAAGGGUAUUGAGAUAUUGAAACCUCUGUAGUAACAAUGCAAUUUCACAACUUUAUUAGGAGUUGGUUUUUGAGAAUUCGAUGGCUCACUGAACUGUAGCACUAAACCCUAAAGUUAGUGUAGAGUGCAGUACUGAAAACAUUUUUCCCUUGUGCUAAUAAUUCUGUGAUGUUGUAGGGAAUUGAUCCAAAGUUGGAAUUUUCCUCCAAUUCUACAAUACAUGAAACAACAGUUCCUGGAACUUAUGCUGAGCUUACUAGUAUUUGGAAUGGUGAUGAAAGUGCAUCUGACUCUGAGGUAAGAAAAGUAGAUUUUAAUUACCUUAGUUUACAGUUUAAUUAAAUAUCCCCAUGCAAAUUCCCCAUACUGAUUUCUGUACAUUUCCUUAAAGAAUGAUUUGAGAGAAUUUGAUUAAAUAUCAAAGCAUUCUGAGAUCUGCUUGUAUGUGAUCGUAUUAUUGUGCUUGACGGCAGUGAAAAACAUUAUUGUGAAGGCGGCUUUGAACUUUAGAGUUUGCGUGUUUGUGAAAAGGGCAGUAAAGGGAUAAAUGUACUGGACCAUACUCCAGUUAUUCAAAAAUUGGAUAGCAAUAUCUAUCAGAUAAAUCACUACGUACCAGACAAAAGUGUACUGAGUGAUUUAUCCAGUGGCUGACUUAAAUGACAAUAAAUUUUUAUCAGUCUUAUAACAGAAAUAAUUUUUCAGUUAACAAAAAGUCAUGAUUUUUAAUAGCCAGGUGAAUAAUUAGAACAAGGAAUAAUGUCUUUUCCUUUGGCUAUAUAUGGAUUGUCCAUGUUGUUUGUUUCAUUUGAGCAUAGAAAAUCUCCAACGUGCGUCCAUAACUCAACAGUACACACUGUGCUGUUUGCCUUUUUUUUGCUUAACUAACGAUUUCUAAUUUUUGGCAGUCUGAAGGCACUUCUGAGACUGAGGAAGAACUUAUACUGAAUCCAACCCCAAGACACCUCAGCCAUAGUCUGUAUGCAAGGGAACAUCACUGUGUGUGUGAGUGUCCACGGCGCCCAGAAAACAAUGGUAGAGUGACCUUAAGGUCAAGGUCUCUGUCUCCUUCACGUCGACCAAAGUCUGCCACGCCUUCAGUUCGACCCCCAUUCAAAGCUGGCAAGGCAGAUGAGAGGAUCAUUUCUCGACGAGACUUUUUGAAGCCCGGAAGAUCGAGGCAAAGAAGUAGAACUGCUUAUGUCGAGGGAAAUCCUGGUAAGGAAUUGACAUAAUUUCAGAAAACUUGCUAAAUUCUUUGACGAGUGAAAAAAAAAGUUCAUCGAGUGAUUCAUGACUUGGGUACUUAACCCCACAUUUAACCACAGUAAACAUUAUCAAUAUUUUGUUACUUUAACUCAAUAAACCUUGAUCUGAUUAUCAAAAUAAUUAAUCGUUUUUUCAGAACUAUAUUAUCUGGCAGGCUAAGCUACCUCUCUGUGAACCUUUCCUUUCCUUUUGUUUUUGUUUUUGAUUUGCAAUUCACAAGAAAAAGGCAGGAAAAUGUAAUUAUUGAGUCAAUUUUUUUUUUGGCAGAUUUUCUUAGUAACCAUAGCCCUUCACUUAAAUUCAAAUUAUUGUCUCAUAUGUAACUAUUAAAACUAGAUUUAAAUUUUUCACAUCGUAGCUCCCUGCCCUGACUGCCGUGUACCCCACAAGGAUUGUGUUGUCUGCCAAGCAUACUUAAAAGUCUAUGGAAGAGAUUUUCUAAAGCAUCGUUUUGGUCAUGAGCUACACAGAAGGACAUCUUCAACACCUGCAUACACUAGUUUUGCUUCUGAACCUCCAAGAGUUCGAGCUCGUUUACCUGAAAAUGACGUCUUGAAUGAAUCAAAGGCCUAUAGUGAACCUAUUCCAAGAAGUAGGAGAAUAUUUCCAAGAGAAAAUGGUUAUGGCUCAUUUCUAUCCUCACCAAAUCGCGAAAGCUUAACGACAAGAUACGCUUCUCCAGUUCCUGUAAGUAUGAUUCUUUUUUCUCCAAUAGGCCAUUUCACAGUUAUGGAUGGAAGCGAGGGUGAGGGUGACCUUGUUUUGAUACAAACCUUCUUUGCUUUGUUAUGGAAAUUGUUCUUGAAAAAUACUAGUAAGCAUAAGAAUAACUUGAUUUGCAUAAUAAAGCAGGAAGGUUUGUAUCAAAACAAGGUCACCCUCAGCCUUGCUUCCAUCGAUAACUGUAAAAUGGCCCAUUUAAUAGAUAAUAUGGAUAAUUUGGAUAAGCCUUAGUUUCUUUGCACCUUGAUGGCCCAAGCUUAUUUCUGUUCUGUUUAUAUUUCCGUAGUCUUAUCGCUCAAGACAACUACCUGAGAUGUCUGAUUCAGAUGAAGAUGACACCGAUAGUAUGUUGUCCUUGCAGGAAUUAAGGUAAGUUUGCUUAUAACUUAUAAACAGGGCCCAGUUGUUCGAGAUGUGAAUAAUGCUAUUCACCGGAUAGAUCUCUUUUGGUGGAUAAUGCUGUUGGUUUCCCUAUUACUUAUCCAGUGGAUAGCGCUUCCCAACAUGUAUUUAAAAAACCAAGGCCAGUGGACAGAAAGGGUAAAGAUGGAGAUACAAUGUACUUUUCAAAAUCAAGAUUUGCAUGUAUCAAAAAUUUAAUACACAAAACCAAACACAGAUGUUGCUCAAUAGUAGCUUUCAUUUCAAAAGUCACCCUUAAGAAUUAAAUCCUAACUCUGAAGUUCAAAACACCUUGUACAGCUUUAAUAUAAACAGUGCCACAGGAAAGUACUGCUCAGUAGCUUUCAUUUGAAUGGUCACACUUUAGGAUUUCGUCCAUCUACUCAAAAGCUAGAACCACCUUGUAGAGCGUAAUUAAUGGCAAUACAAGGUUGUACUGCUCGCUAGGUUUCACCUGAAUGGUCACACUGGGAACAAGGUUUGAGCAGGGUCUGGAAGGGUUAUUUCCCGGAAUCCGGGAUUUUACCAAAAUAAAUUGCAGGAUUCGGGAGAAUCUUGACGGGAUGCGGGAUUUGACUGUUACACGGGAAGCGGAAUUCGCCAAAAUUUUGAACACGGAUGCGGAUUGGCAAAGAAAGUUAUAUUCGGAAUAGCGAUAAAAUGAGUCAAGUUGCGAGAUUCUCGUAAAAAGGAGCGGGAAACCCAGAUCAGGACCCCUUCAUUCCAGGCCCUAUUUAAGCUAUUUGUAUCUGAUUUCAGAUCUGAGAUAAACGAUGCUCGACUUGAAUCACUUGAUAGAUCAUUUGAGGAUCCCCAGCACCCGACACUAGGCACUAGACUAGAUAGAAGGUAACCUGGUAACUUAAAUAAUAGGUGGUUAGAAAGAAUUAGCGGGCGGAUUUAUGCUAGCCAGAAACGCAGAUUUAAAUAAUAACGAUAUUUAUCCUUAUCCACUUUCGAAACUGUUUACCACUGUUUUCCCUUCGAAAUGACGUCUGAGACACGACCGGAGAAAUUCCAUACUGAUGACGCAUCCCUACCCAGAUCUGGGUAGUGACACGUCAUCAAUAUGGAAUUUCUGUGCUCAUUUCUCAGACGUCAUUUCGCGGGGAAACCAGCGGUGACUUUGCGAAAUGUCGGGUAUUUUUCACAAGCUUUUCACAGGCUAUUCGCACGUAAGUGCUUACUGUUUUACACGGAUUUGUACUAACGUAGUCACACAAAUAGGGCGGUUAAAAUUAGACUUGGGAACGCUGUCACUAGAAGCAAACCCAAGAAAAUGCCAUAUUUAACGCUUUUCUUUUAAGAAUUUGAUAGUCUAUUGAUUGAGCUUCCAUAAAUAGCUGCGUUAAACAUCAAGACUUUUGUAGGCAGAAGCUAAAAGCGUUAGUCGUCAGUAGCAAUUACAUCUCUGUGUGUCCGAUUUUCAGUUUGCGAGGUUAUUGACAAGCAAGUUUUAUGGACACAUCGUUCUGCGGUAUUAAGGUGAAAUGUCUUCAUACUUUCUUGUGUUGGUUUUGGGAAACACAAUUAGGCACUUCCCUGAUUAAAAACUGAGUUCACCCUGGCCAAUCUCUCUGGUAAUUUUAAGAAAAAACAAUUUUAAUAAGUUAUGAAAUGUUUCCUUUUUUAGUAUAACUGUGCCGCUCUCUCAAGACAAGUUCUGGUCUAGUCGCAUGGCUGAAUUUACAGGGAGGUCACAUCGAGCGUUGUUCGACGAAUCCUUACAAGAAUUAUAUACAGAUCUCUACAACAAAACUAGAGAUUUAUAACAGUGUUUUAAUAUUUAAAGAGUUUGAACUCAUUUGAUCCAAGCAGAGUUAUAGCAGAUUUUUACUUUUAUAAAUACUUAAGUAGGGGUUUAAAAUAUUAAAAAGGGCAAACGUCUUCUCAUACAAGUCUUAGCAAGCUGUCUAAAGAUCUUUCAAGAGUAGGAUAUAUUGUCUACGUUUUUUAAAACGUAUUAGUAAACAUCUCCUGAGCCUAGUUCUAUAAUGCUCAAGAGUUUUGUACUUUUAGAGAGGCAAAUUGAAUAAAGUAAUACU